AAAAGAUGUUAAAAAAUCAAUAAAGAAUUAAAAAGGAGUUGCAACAAAAAAGACAAAAUUGGAAGUGAAGUAGGUCUUGAAACACCAACUAUUGAAUCUCAGAUUACACCUACAUGAAGCAGAAUUUAUUGCAAAAAGUACUAACUCCAACAAAAAUACAAUUCCCAUAAAUAAACAAAUAACGCCAGCACUUGAGCAACUGUUCCCAAUUUAUGAUGAUCCAUAAUUAAUACUCACAAAAAUCCCCACCAACAUCAAUACCAACACCAAAACAAAUCCACAUAUCAAAAUCCAUAAACAAAACAAACCCAUUUCUUCUAUUACUAGUACUAUCACUUCUCUUCAACUUUCCUUCAAAUCCCAUCACAAAAACUUCAAAAAAAAUGGAGAAUUUGAGAUCUAUGUCAUGCAGAGAAGGAAGAAUGCAAAUGGAGAGUUACAAGAAUAACAAUGGAAACUCAGGGGUUCCACCAUUACCAACAAGCAUGCAAGAUCUUAGGUCUUACAGCACAUCUUAUGCUUCAAAUUAUAUGCAAGUUCAUCCUCAACCUUCAACAAAAGAUUUAAAAGGUAAUAAUAAUAGUAAUCAGAAGAAAAAUAGAGGAUUAGGAUCAACUAAUACUUCAUCAUCAUCAUCUUGUUCAUAUAAUAAUUCAUCUUCAUCAACAAAAAGUUGGAGUUUGAGUGAUCCAGAGCUUCAAAGGAAGAAAAGGGUUGCUAGUUAUAAAGUUUAUGCUGUUGAAGGAAAAAUGAAAGGUUCUUUUAGGAAGAGUUUUAGGUGGAUUAAGAAUACUUGCUCUCAAGCUGUCUAUGGUUGGUGGUGAAGUUAUGUUUUUUUUUUUUUUUUAAUACUAUGUUGAAAUCUAUGUGUUUUAAUCUUUGUAUGAUGAUGGUUUAUUAUCAAUGGUGAUGUUUAUGUGUUCUUAUUAUCA